CACGAGGCGCAGGUUGAUGACGCGGCAGGCCAGAGCAGUCGAGCGACAAGACCAGGACCGUCGUUUACCGCGGUUUUUAAGACUUGAAACAAAAUAUUGAUACCGGUUUCAGCAACACUGUCCAUAAAUGAUUAAAACAAUCACGUAAAUAAUCCCUUUAGUGUAAAUAAUGUCAGUGUUUUGUCAUUCCACGGAGCUGCGUUGAUUAGCUGUGUCUGUCGCUGCGGGCAGUGCGCUCCGGAUGAACGUGCUCUCCUCAGACUGAACACUCUGCUCUCCUCCUCACAUGUUGACAGACAGACGCCCCUCUGCCAGUCUGCAGUCAUGCUGCCUCUCAAAGAGAAGGACAAGCCCAUCGUCCAGAAGCUGCUGUCGGCUGGCUGCUGUGCUCGCUGCGUCCUCAGGUUCUGCUGCGUGAGCGUCCACGCGCCCUACCGCCAACCGCAGGAGGAAAUACUGAAGCAACUGCGAGCUUUUAUCUCCGACACAAGUAGCGGCCAAGACUCCUCGGAAUCCAACCGCGCAGAGACGGAGGCGCCGACUGCAGCCGGAUCGGAGACAUGUGAUGAUCCGCCCUGUAAAAGAGCCAAACUGGAGCCCGGCGUGGACCCAGGUCAGCCUGAGGUCCAGGCCGCCGCCACCAGGCAGGAGGACGGGGACUCGCACGUCUGCGUGGUGUGUCUGGGAGUCCUGCAGGAGCUCUGUGGAACCGUCCAGGCCUCCAAGAUCGCCGAAGCAGUGAAGUCUGAGAACUACGAGUUCGACGCGAUGGUGCUGUCCGUCUCCCUGCCUGCUCAGCUGUGCGUCCGCGAGCACUCCUGUUGGCUCCACGUGAAGAAAGAAGUGAGGGAGAAGGCCAUGGUGCUCAGUAAGGACGACGUGGUCCAGGUGAAGGAGGCCUUCAAGUGGAUCAUGCAGGGCCUGGUGGCCAAGGAGCUGGGGGGCGUCGCCGUGGUGACCAAGAGUCCGUUUGAAGUGGGCGUGGAGUUCACGCACCCGGACACCGACUCCGACUGCCACUUCCUAGCGUCCACGUGUCCCGACUGCUUCAAACCCACCAAGAACAAAGAGUCGGUGUUCACCCGGAUGGCCGUGGUCAAAGCCCUGGAAAAGAUUCCCGACGCCCGCUUCCUGCGGCACUACCCCAGUCCCCCGGCGCGGCCCGGCGCCAGCUGCAGCCCCCAGGACGUCCAGUGCCUCCACCUGUCGGUGUUCGUAGCAGGCAGGUACAACAAGUUCUGCCGCAGCCUGCCGCAGACGCCCUGGCUGAUCGACGGCGAGAGGAGGAUGGAGUCGUCGGUGGAGGAGCUGAUCGCCGCCCCCAUCCUGUCGGGCUUCAGAGCCGACGGUUUCAACUUCUCCUCGUCCGGCCGGGAGGACGUCGACGUCCGCACUCUGGGAAACGGACGCCCGUUCGCCAUGGAGCUGCUCAAUCCUCACAGAUCCUCGUUCAGCAGAGUCCAGAUGAAGCAGCUGCAGGAGGCCAUAAAUGCAUCAUCUGAUAAGAUCAGAGUGCGCGACCUGCAGGUGGUCAGCAGGGAGGCCAUGAGCCGCAUGAAGGAGGGCGAGGAGGAGAAGACCAAGUCCUACACGGCCCUGGUCUGGACCCAGAAGACCAUCAGGAGGGAGGACAUCCGCUUCAUCGACGACAUCAAGGACCUGACUCUGGACCAGAAGACCCCCCUGAGGGUGCUGCACCGCCGGGCGCUGGCCGUCCGCCAGCGGGUCAUCCACAGCAUGAGCACUCGCUUCCUGGACCCGCACCACUUCUACCUGGGCCUGAAGACCCAGGCCGGCACCUACAUCAAGGAGUUCGUGCACGGAGACUUCGGCCGCACCACGCCCAACCUGUGCCAGCUGCUGAGCAGCGACACCGACAUCCUGGAGCUGGACGUGGAGUCGGUGGACGUGGACUGGCCUCCUGCGAUCCCGGAGUGACCCCGGAGCGACCCCGGCACCCGUCCGGUACGUGAGAGAGCAGCAGGACGCCUGGGCCUCGCCCCGGAGCUGCGGCUGGAGCAGGAAGUGAACCACGCCCUGCGGCCGGGACCGGAACCGGCUCUGAGUCCUGGACGCCUCUUCAGCAGCUUCCUGUCUAGUUUGAGGAACGGUUUGAUAGAAACCCGGAGAAACCGCUCGGCUCAGAGGGACGGAUGGGAAGUGGAGGACUUUCUGUUGAGUUUGUGUUUGUUUGAUGCUCCACACACUUUGUUACAGCUUGAAGUAAAGACUGGAGAGAAAACUGCUGAUGUUUCACGUUUCUCAUCAUCAGUCCUGUAAAUGUGAGUUUUUUCAAGGUUCACGGUCCGACAGUGCAAAAUGCCGCCGUGGUUCAUCCGGACGCAGCAGGGAGUCGAUUUGACCAGAAUUACCUGCUGGUCACGUGACUCACUGGAGCGUUUCAUUUUUCCGUCUGUAAACACUAGAAGUCGCUGUUUGACAGCAGAACCACAGGAAGUUCUCCCUUCCUGCUGCGCCAGGCUGCACAGCAGAGUCCAAGAGAAACGGACAGAGGGUCCUGGACCAGCAGCUGGACCCGAUCCAUCUGGACCUCAUGCAGGGUGUGCAGAAUCAUCAGGCAAAUGAGCAUUUUGACCACAUCAACCUCUUUAGGCAUGUUGUCCUUCUCCAAGUGGUUCAGGCUUGAAAGCCAAUGAAGCACAUCAGGUGAAGUGCAUCUCUGUAAUGAG